AUGGUUCGCUUUUCCUGGUUUGCUUUCUUUUUUAUCGCGGUCGUUUUGGAGACAGCAAAUGGCUCCAAGCCUCCUAACAUAGUACUGACUGUAAUUGAUGAUCUGGGUUGGAGUGAUGUGGGAUUUCAAGGAUCUGUUAUUCAUACUCCAAACAUCAACAGACUGGCAGCUGAGGGCGUCAUAUUGGACAACUACUAUGUACAACCUAUGUGUACGCCAACCCGAAGUACCCUGAUGACUGGAAGAUACCCCAUACAUACAGGUGACAAGACAAGACCAUAAUUUAUUUGGGGUCUUACACCACCUUGUACAUCGACUUUUUUUAAAAAAAAUUUAAAAGUACAAUUUUCUACGUUAAUCUAUUAAUUUAUUACACUAUACAAAACAAGUUAUUACAACUAGCGAUAGUUACAUGCGCACAGACACAUAUUUUGAUCUACAUUUUGUCUUCCUUCUGGUUUCUUAUUUUUAAGCAUUCAAACACAUGCUUUGCUAUCAAUUUUGGGUUUCAGGCUUCUCGUUAGGGGGAUUUAUUAAAAACAUGAAUAUUUCAUUAAGUGACAUUUUUUCACUCUUAUAAGAUAUUAAUCUUUUUUCAGUUCCUGUCUAGCGAGAUGAAAAUUUCCAUAUGGGCUCAAUAUUAUUCUUCUCUUAAGGUGAUCCUGAAUUGAACGAUAGAUUCCCCGUAGACAUUAUUACUUAUUCAUGACAGCCGGAGCAGCAAAUUCAAAUGCAGGAGCGCUUUGGAAAAGCUCCGAAUAAGAGAAGAAAAGGCCUCAUUUGGCCCACCAGCGUCGAUAAAAUUCAUUCGUGCGACUUUGUUAGCUUCAAAAUUACAAAUACAGGAACGGAAUAAUGAAAAUGAAUGAUAUAUCUACGAUUUACAGUGUAAGCAAAAAAGAUAUGCGUUUUCUCUGAACUAGAAAACUGCUAAAAAAAAACCGGACAUUUUCUGUACAUAGUGGAAGCUGUCUUUGGGCUCGAUUUUCUGGAAACCAGUAACAAAAUCCACGAACGGAAUUUAUUAGACUGGUCUUUUCUUAAGCAAAAUACGUUUAAGCUUUUAAAAUUUAUCCCAAGCGAAGCCGAGGUGCCUCGCGAGGUUUAUAAAUUUGUCGCGCCUUGAUCACAUAAAUUGCUAUAGAUCUCUUGGGUGUCCGCAGUUGACGUCAUCCGGUUGUGACGUCAGAGUGCGACGCUACGUCAGUGCGAAUGCAAAUGCUGUGCGUUUCGCUUCGGCUUUUUAACGUCGAAACCUUGCUUUUCCCUUUGAAUUCAUGUUACACCGAGGCAAACCAGCAAUUAGUUGGUUCUUUCCCCGCCGAUUGAUGUGACCGAUCGAUCAAAUCAAAGAUUGGUUUGAGUUCUAUACUUUGAUACAUCCAUCUGUCGUUGAACCCGAGAGUGAAUAAAGGCCGAAAUAAUGCAAAAUGGCUUUGAAAUACGCCUUUUAGCUAAUUCCUGAAAGGAAUUUCUGAAUUCAUGAUAAAUAGAGCUCUACCAGCUUCAAACAGCGUUCACGGCAGAAAGAAUGCUUUAAGUAUAAUAAUUUUAGCGCAUUUAUCAAUCAGUUGCCGCGUGGCGAAGUGGUCAAGAAUCUACGUAUGGAAGAUUUUUAGGGAGUGAGUUCAAGUUACCGCAGAGCCAUAUAUUUUUAAACUUUGUACAUUUUUUUAUAUUUUUUUCUUUGGCUUUUCUCCCUUUAUUCUCGCUGGUGAUCCUUCAAAUCUUCGCGAGGAUUUUGCGAUAACGUAUUUCUAGUGGACAGGAACCACUAUCGCUGCGAGUUUGAAAAAGUCUGGUAGAAACGUAGCCUGCUAAGGGCCAAUGAAUAACAAUCACUGUCAAUUCUCUAACAGCUCGCGCGUGACGUCCUUCGCUUCUCCUUACCGGUUCCGGUAGUUGGCCCCAGCGCGUAUAUUAACUAUGAAGUUUGUCAAGUUUUACGUAGUAGUCGUGCAACAACAACGACAAAGAAAUGUACAAAAAAGGCUUUUUCCGCAGAAAACAUAAAAAAAAACUACCUCUCGCGCUUCGCGCUCGUAAAAUAAACUUGUGCUCGACUUGUAGGCAAGUUUAGCGCGUGACCAACUUUACGGCAAAAUUAAAGGCAGUUUUCGUAAGAUUGUUACUUUAUUUGAACCCAGUUGUAAUACGGAAGGUGCCUUAACUUACACGCAAGUGAAAUCAGAUAAUAAGAAAACCCCACUGUUUCGUUCUAUCUCACCCACCUCUUCUUCCAAGAUCCAGAUUGUUGAGGAACCUUUCUAGGGAACUAGUGGUUCUCACAACAAACAGACGAUUACUUUGUUCAAUUGACUUCUUUUUAUUCUUCAGUCCAAUGUCACGAAGUUAGCUCAACUGCUAUUUUACAAUUCUCUGCUAAAUCAGUGUUACACCCAUUUUUAUGUCAGCCAGGAAACCAGCUGCUUAGUACAAACCGAAUGCUGACAUAAGUCUAAACAGUCUCAUUAGCAUCAAACCUUCGAGAUAAUUACUUUGUCGAAAUGGCCCUUCAACCCAAUUCACUAUUAAGCUUGAGUCAACUGGCCAGUAUAAAACUAGGAGAACAAUAUAAAAACUACAAGGUGGCUUCCUGUAUACAAACUCUUCAUAUAAACAGAUGACAAAUUACUAAAAUUACAACUUGAAAAUCCUUGCUUGUUGUCGAUUUACAAGAGGUGUGAAGCUUCUUGUCGAAAAAUGAUUGGUCAAAACUUUUCCAUAAAUUAACGAAAGACGUGAUCAGAAACUCAGAAGAUAAAUUAAAAAUGCAGUUCAAAGUACAAGGCAGAAUUUAGAACAAUAGUUGUUUAUCUACAAAAACACCUAUAAAAUCACUUAAAUCUAAUUAAAGUUAUUCGGUCAAAACUCAAAGAAACACGCUUAAAACUCUUAAAAACAAGUAAGGUAGUCAUUUCCUGGUAAAUAUCGACGGAAGACCAGAUUAAGGUCAAAAAUGUUAAACUGAACGAAAUACUUAAUAUAGACAAGGCUUUGCCAUCUGUCAAAGGCUCCAAUUGAACAUAUUUCAUGAACAGAAGUGUUACCGCGGAGAUGCACCAAAUUGGUACAUCUCCUUUGCACCGAAUUCAUGUCAGGAGAAACUUUCUAUCGAUCAUCAAUUGACUUAAAAACCAAUACUGUUAGUAGUGAAAUAGCUUACUCAAAUCAAUCAACAAGAACGCUUACAACAACCCAUCUACAAACGUAUAUCGUAGCAAAUGCCACAAGUGGCUAACGUAACUCUUCGAUCAACAUUUUCCUUCAACAAGACCAAGGAGAAUGAAUCAACAGAAAUCAUUUUCUCAUUUCGGGAGAGGAUGUCAUUUGAUCAAGGUUGAUGCGUAGGAGUUGAACACCAAGUAAAAUAAAUCGAAGUGGUUUUUAUGAUAUUUUCCUUUACCUAUAGAUACUUCCCGAAUCGAAUGAAUUUUGCAAUAAAUCCCAAACACCAAAUAAAAUUCCUUUAAUAAUUUUACGUCAAAAACAUGCGCACUACGAACAUUUUUUUAUUGUUUAAUAAGAUACCGUUGUCCGCACAGUGAUUUGAAGAUUUGGGUUUCCUUCCCACUAGGUUUUUCCUUGCGCGUCUCAUGAAUCUGAAUUUCCAUGUGAUUGUUCGGUUCAAUCUGCUUGUUAGCGCCAGGAAUGUUACGCGUUUCUUUUUAAGCUUUCGUGUGUACGCCGCGUUUUUAGUUCUUUUCAUGUUCCCACCUUUAGUGUUGUUUAGUUCGUCGUAAGAGCGCUUAUGACCUUGUGGAAAUCAAAAAUUGGAUUCGUAAGCAAAGUCAUUGGCGCGACAGAGGCGGAGUGGGAAGAAUCAGAACGUUUCCAUUUUCUUACGACUCCGUCGUUUGCGAUAUAGUGGUGAAAACCAAAUCGGAAUCGGUGGCAGAAGUGGAAGGAUAAACCAAUCACAAUGCACGUUCCCAUGCUUUGCGAUUGGUUUAGCUCGACUUCGACAAUGGUGUCAGUAAAACGCGGGGUAAGGGUCGGGGUGGGGGUCGGGACCGGAGCCGUGGUCGAGGUCUAUCUCCCCCUAAGAAUGCUGUUUUCGGGUAAGGUUAGGGUAAAGGUUAUGGUUGACACUAACCCUAACCCUAACCCCAAGUUUUACUGACACCCCUUCGACGACCUAUAGUUUUCACUUGAACAUAAACCAUGGAGUCGGAAGCGGAAUCAGAACGCUGUUUUCACUAUAUCGUUAAGUCUUACUCCUCUGGUUACGACUCCGACUUCGUUGCUAGUGAAAACCAGCCUUAGUCGUUCAAUAGGGCCAUUUACACGAGGAAAAAUAAGACGCGAACUGUACCAUUUAUACCAGCAUGUCUUAUCUAAUAAGACGCGUCUUAGCUAAGCCGCGUCUUAUUUUAGACGAAAUGUGCCAUUUAUACCGAAAGUUCGCGUCUUAUUUAAGACGCGUCUUAUGUAAGACGCGUUUUAUUUUUCCUCUUAUAAAUGGCCCUAAUGUUCGCGUCAUUGUUAAGUCUUUUUUUUUGUCGUUUAGCUCGUCCUAGUUUUUCGUCUAAUCUCGCUAUCGUCUUGUAAGUAUCUUGCUUGUAUUUUGCCUUUUUUCAGUUUGCCGUAUUGCUUUCGCUCAGUUUUGUAGUUAUUUUAUCUUGACUUUGUAUUUGUUUAAUGUUUGUUUUUUAUUAACGCUUCGCUUCAAUUACAUCGUUUCGCUUUGGUUCGCCUUGUCCAUAUUGAUUGUAGGAAGUCUAGAAAUAAGUUUUAUGAGUGGAAUUACAACACGUAAAGGCUGCGACGUUACUGGAACGUACGUGCUGUGGAAAGUCCUUUCGUCACACUCAAUACAAAUGCCCGAAAAUAGUCGGCAUGGAAAAAUUAGCAUAACGUAAAUUCAGUGAAUGUUGUAACGCGGAUUUUUGGCCGGUUCGCAGGCUAGGUUCUUCUUAAAAAUUUCAAGGUGUUGCAGUGAACCAAUCUUUAAGGCGAAAUUUUCAGACAUCGUGAAGAUUAUGUGACGAGGUUUAAAACAAUUUCUGUCGAGCCGUUCUAGAGAUAUACAGAAAAGCUCUAGAAAUGAAACGUUAGAAUAAAUAUGCACUUAGAAAGGUGGUGAGAAAACACUAGGUUAGUUUUCAGGAUCGCAAGAAAGAAAAUACACCAAGAUUUCCUAGCAUUAACAUAUGAUAUUAAGCUGCAUUCUGACGCUAGAGUAAGUUGAGUAAUUUGAGUUCUUUAGAACUUUGUAUUUAAUUUAACAUUUCAUCUCGGCUAUUGAAAAUAUAAGGUUAGAAAUUUAUUUACGUUUUACUUGAAACAUACAUAUUUUUUUACUCACGGAGGUUAUUUACUAAACACCACACUUUAAGUUCCUAGUGUCUAGGUCUAGAUCCCGGGGGUCCGGGCUCUAGAUCGCGCAAAAUUCCGCUUUUAUCGAUUUCAAAGCUUUUUGUUUAUUGUUAUCAUAGUGAUAUCGAUUUUACUAAAAAUUGUGUUUUGACAAACUACAAUCCACAAUACACUGGUUUUAUAGCGGUGCGGACAAGUAUAAAAUCAUUUUUUAAGGCGAUUGAAAAACAAAAACAGUAUGGUCUCCAAAACACUGUAUCGAAACACCUUAAAGAUAAUUUUAAAAUAUUCUGUCAUCCUCACUAUUUCUUCAUCUUUCAGGGUUGCAGCACUCUGUGAUUCUGCCUUCGCAGCCUUACGGUUUGCCACUUAAUUUCAAAACUUUGCCAGAAACAUUACAAGACGCUGGUAAGAAAGAGCUUUUUUAAAUGUUCUCUACCAAUUUGAGAGCGAAGAAAACAAGCCCCAAAAUAUAGGAUUAUGUGGAACUCAAUCCAACUUUCAAAAUCAAAUAUUCUAUUGAAGAUUUAGACUCAAAUGCCAAGCGAAAGAUUUUUGCUUUACAGUUGAAAGAUUCUACUUUGCCUGUCCUGGCUAAGUUUUGUCAAUCGAGGUCACUUCAGCUUUCAAGUAUUUGUUAAUUUUCGUAAAUUUCUCUCCCACUGAAGGUGUUUUAUGCUACCGAAACUGGGUGUGGGGUCUCUGUGACUCCUUGACGUCUUGACUUUAUCUCUUAUUUUGGCUUAGUUCGAUAAUGCCCUGUUUAUUGGAUCGCAGCCUGUGCGACAACCAUUUCUGUGCGUGCGAGCCAGUUUGGGCGAGUGACGCGAGUGAGAUAAUCGGGGGUGUGAUAGUCCAGUUCUGGCCCCUCUCUCUCUGUCACACAACGCAGGCGUUGCGUGACAGAGAAAGAGAGAGAGAGAGGCCAUAACUGGACUAGGAGUGUGAGUGAAAGGGAAAGCAAAAGAAGCCUUCUUCCCUAAUCCCUUCAUGUUUUGGCGCUCACUUCGACUUUCAAGGCGCAACCUAUCUAACGAUACCCUGGGAGCAGAGGCCCUUCGUUCUUCCUAGGUAAACCAGGAAGAGUUCCAUCCUCUCCCCGACUUAUCUAAGAAGAUGGAAGGGCCUCUGCUCGCCGGGUAACCUAACGAAUAACGUAACAACAAAAUUAAGAUGAAUGAGGGCAGGAGUCCAUAACCUGGAGCUUGCAACUCCCACUCUUGGCUUAUAGUGCAAAGGCGUUUUCACAAAUCACUUUAUUUUUAGCAUCAUUUUGCAGUAUUUUUUCCCACGAAAAUGGAAGCACUGCCCCGUUUGUGUGCGCAACCAUAGUACGAUAAUAAUGAUUUGUAUUUGUAUUUGUAUUUAUUUAUUUGCCACACGAUUACAAUAAUAACAAAGAAAUGCCAAAAAAAAUGUAGGAAGAAAUGGCGAGGAGGCCUAAAGGAAACUAUAGAGCUUAUUUUAAUUAGGCCUCCUCAAUUACGAUUUUUCGAAGAUGGCAUAAAAAUUACGGCGACGAAUACAAAAUAAUAUCAGGUGGAAAAUUAAACUAAUCAAUAUUACGGAAGUUUACAAAUAAUGUUGAAUAUUAAAAGGCUUUUUCGCAAGAUUUCUGUUGGAGUAUACUAAUAAUUAUUACAAAUAAAUGCCUUACGUGCUCUUUUAAAGGAAAAAGGUGAGGAAGCGUUGAUGAUGUUGGUGUUUAAGGUGUUACACGAGUUUCUUGUGUUAUACGAAUGAAUUUGACUUUGUAAAGUAAAUUUACAAUGAAAUUUUAAAGGUAGAGUAUGGUUUUGAUAGGAGUACAUGAAUAAGCCAAGUUGUAUUAAGUAUAUAUCAUGAAAUUUUAAGGCACCAAGAUUUUGAAAGAUUGGAUCAGUAUGUGCAUCGAAAGUGGUUUUUGAUAAUAAUAAUAACACAUAAAUGCUGUCAAACAUCAGAAAAUAUCUCCUAGUCUCCGGUUUUUCCUGAAGGAUUUGUAAGGCUUAUUUGAUAGUCAAAAGUCGCGGGAAAAUCUAUCUAAAUAUAAACUGUUCCGUAAGAAGGCGGACCGAAGGAUAGAGAUUAGUCGUCACAAGUCACCACAGGACAGCCACUCUGUUUGGGUAGCACAAGGACAGCUUCGUAAAAGCGCAUGCUCAUUGGUGUUGUAUUCCCGUAGGUUACGCCACUCAUAUG